AAGAAUUUGAGGUUGGUAACGUGUAGGGAGGCCAGAAAUCAGGAAAGAAGAAGCGCUCUCAAGCAGAGCCAGAGGAUACCAAGACUGCCCUAAGUGUGAUAGAAUCCCCAAAGCGCCCAUCUACUUCAUGCCCACGUGCGGGCCUGUGAGGAAAGAGCAGAGAAGAGCAGGAGUCACCGCCGCCGGCUGGAGAGGAGGCGCGCCACGGCCGGCCGCCGGCAGAGCGUGUUGCUGGGCGCCGAGCCUAGGGACCGACCUGCAGCUGGGAAGCCGCGCAGCGCGCCAGGAGGCGGCAGCAAUGACAGCGGGGCUUCCCCAGGCUUCCCCUAGCCGGUCCUAGGCGCCGGGCAUAAGCCCAGGACAAGGAAACGGCACUGAGCACAAGUGAUCAGGAAGUCCCGGAGGCGCCCCGGAUCGGCGCAAUCGCGAGUGGAGGAACCCGAAGAGGCAGUGCAGUGUCUGAGUGUCUGGGUGUCCAGGAGCCCAGAACCGGAGGUUGGGGCUGAGCCCUCCACGCCGCCCCCACCUAGCGCCCGCCUCCCACCCCCGCCCGGGGCCUGCAGCGAGCCUCCCUCACCGCCCAGGCUCUGGCGAACCGCUCCGGCCGAGCCCUGGGAGCCACGGACAGCGUCAGCUGCCGUUGCGGGAGCUACUCCGGCUGCACAAUGCGGGAGCUGGCCAUCGAGAUCGGGGUGCGAGCCCUGCUCUUUGGGGUCUUCGUUUUUACAGAGUUUUUGGAUCCAUUCCAGAGAGUCAUCCAGCCAGAAGAGAUAUGGCUCUAUAAAAAUCCUUUGGUGCAAUCUGACAACAUCCCAACCCGCCUCAUGUUUGCAAUUUCUUUCCUCACACCCUUGGCUGUUAUUUGUGUGGUGAAAAUUAUCCGGCGGACAGACAAGACUGAAAUUAAGGAAGCCUUCUUAGCGGUGUCCUUGGCUCUUGCUUUGAAUGGAGUCUGCACAAACACUAUUAAAUUGAUAGUGGGAAGACCUCGCCCCGAUUUCUUUUACCGCUGCUUUCCAGAUGGGGUGAUGAACACGGAGAUGCACUGCACAGGUGACCCUGACCUGGUGUCGGAGGGCCGCAAAAGCUUCCCCAGCAUCCAUUCUUCCUUUGCCUUCUCGGGCCUUGGUUUCACAACGUUCUACCUGGCUGGCAAGCUGCACUGCUUCACAGAGAGUGGGCGGGGGAAGAGCUGGCGGCUCUGUGCCGCCAUCUUGCCCUUGUACUGUGCCAUGAUGAUCGCCCUGUCCCGCAUGUGUGACUACAAGCAUCAUUGGCAAGAUUCUUUUGUUGGCGGGGUGAUCGGCCUCAUUUUUGCCUAUAUUUGCUACCGACAGCACUAUCCUCCUUUGGCCAACACAGCGUGCCACAAACCGUAUGUCAGCCUCCGAGUGCCUGCUUCACUGAAGAAGGAGGAGAGGCCUACAGCCGACAGCGCACCCAGCUUGCCUCUGGAGGGGAUCACUGAGGGCCCCGUAUGA